GGAGGGGACAUUUGCAAAUUACAAGUUUCAUAAAUUGGAGGGAAGCCUACAAUUGACCCUUCAUAUAAAAACCCUAGACGCGCGAACAAAUUGAGACGUUGCGCGGGAAAUUUCGGCGACGAAAACACGAGGAGCGAUAAUUUUCGCAAAAUUGAAUAGUAGGUUUAAUGGUGAGAUGAGAUAUGACUGCACUUUCACCAUCAGCAAGGCUUUAAAAUUUGGUGUAGUAGUGGCUCAGGGUUCAUUGAAGUUUAGUUUGAAUUUGAAGUUACCUUUCAAGCCUUCAAGAAAUAUUCAUAUGGAAAACAAAGAAAACAGCAGUUCAAGAGGUGCCUUAAUUGUUUUAGAAGGGCUUGACCGCUGUGGGAAGACUUCACAAUCUAGCAGACUAUACAAGUACCUUGAUGAGCAAGGAUAUUCAGUUGAAUCAUGGAGAUUUCCUGACAGGAAUACAGGUGUUGGGCAAAUGAUUUCUUCUUAUCUUGCUAACCAGGCGCAUUUGGAUGACCAUGCGAUCCAUCUUCUAUUCAGUGCAAAUCGUUGGGAGAAGAGGAUGUUGAUGGAGGAAAAGCUGAGGAGUGGAACUACUCUCAUUGUUGAUCGCUAUUCUUAUUCUGGAGUAGCAUUCUCAUCUGCCAAGGGACUUCAUACUGAAUGGUGUAAGGCUCCAGAGAUAGGGUUGUUAGCUCCAGAUCUAGUUGUAUACCUUGACAUAUCACCUGAGAAAGCCGCAGAGAGGGGAGGUUAUGGAGGUGAGAGAUAUGAGCAGCUUGAGUUUCAAAAAAAGGUCGCCAAGUCUUAUUUGACUCUUCAUGAUUCCUCGUGGAAGGUUAUUGAUGCAACCCUUCCUGUUGAAGAUAUAGAGGAAAAGCUCAGAGAAAUCGUAUUAGACUCCAUGACGAUAUGCCAAAAAGGGAAACCAUUGUCUCAAUUAUGGUCAUCGUAGGUCUAGUGUGCUGAAUAUCGCCAUGAAUAUGCAAGUCCCUCUGUAACAUGUCUCCUUUUAGUUUGAGUUUGGCAUAUAUUUAUCUUCUCAGCCAUUCCCUUGUUAAUGUGGAAGUACUUUGUCUUAUAGAUCCCUGUAUACCAGCUUGCUGUGAGUUGAAUUUUCUCCACAUUUUUUGGAGUGUGUGUAUCUGGAUUAAGUCGUGAUAUUAUGGAGUCACCUUCUUCUGUCGAUUGAAAUUUGCAUGUUUUGAUGAUGUUAAAGCCAAAAUUUCUUU